GUCUUUCACUCUACUAGAAGCCAAGCCACACUAACAGCCGGGUACGUGCGUUUUCACCUUAUUAUCGGUGUACCUCACCUCCGAAAGGCGGCCAAGAUCAGAAAGUUCAAGCGGUCUGCUGCAGACUAUAUACCGCUAUAUAAUCCCUUCACUACUUCUGACUCUUGUUUCCUCUCUCUCACACUUUUCUCAACCUUUACGUACCCGAAGGCGAAAACCUCAUUCGAGCGACCUACUUCACUUACCACAUCAACUCAGUGUCUAGCAAGGUUCCAUAUCCACGAAAUGUCCUACCCUACUGAGCGCAAUCCAGCUCCGGACAUGCCUGAAAAGCCUCUGCGUGGUUCAGGCGCGAAACGCCAAUAUUUAACUGUCGCCCAGCUAGCAAAACUGAAAACGGGCCCCCGAGUGAACAUCCUGGUUGGGCCACAAGACGACCAGUACAUCGCAGUCGAGGGCGCCUACGCCAACGUUCUCUCACACUACUCGGAGCUGGCAAAGCGAACGCUUUCAGGAUAUGGUGUCACGCGCCUCUGGAUUCCCAAUGCCUCCAAGUCGAUGAUCUCUUGGAUCUAUCGAUAUAUGCUCGCUGGCGAAAAAGACCCUCCAGAUGCAAAGUUCGAGCAACACGAUCUUGCCUCCCUCGUCUCGCUUUGGUGUCACGCAAAGGCCCUGGAUUAUAAAGAGCUCACGGAAAAGACUUUCAAGCGCCUCCGUCACGUCAUCUCCACCGUGGGCGUGUUCGACGUGGGCGUCGUUCAACAGGUGCUCUCCACGAUUUCGGAGCUCCGUGGUGCCAUUGUCGACGCGGUUGUGUAUGACCUCACGAACUGGGUUGGGGCCUGUGACUACGGAUAUGUCCACCAAAUAUACCAUCUUGAAGGGAUGACCGCUCUUAUUGAUGCUGCUAUGGAGAAAGAGUUGAGGCGUCUAGUGGAGCGGUCAGAGUGGUAUUAUGGCCAGCCUCAUAUCAAGCGACAGAUUGAGUGGAUGGUUCGCCAUCGCAGCAAUCAGCUGAAGGCGCAAAAUCAUCUCGGGAAACCGAUAUCAGGAGUUCCUACCAUGAGAGAAGAUGUCCAUCGGAUCAAGAACACCGCCGUGAGGCGGCCGAAGCAAAACGAUAUGCCGGCCAUUCAUGGCGUCCCAGGAAUGGCGAGGACACAGUCGGGAAAAAUUCCGUCUGCAGGUGUAGUCUCAACGUCCAAGACUGUAAACAAGACUACUCGUCAAGCAAAAGCCUGCUUCAACUGCGGUUCCUUCGAGCACCUCGUGCGCCGGUGCAACGUAGCUUCCGCUGUCGCGGCGGACAAGCCGGCCAAGCUCUCGACCGACCAUCAUACCGCCAUUCCUCCUACGACGGAGUCCAAGAAUCGUGGGGCUACAAAGCUCGCUGAGAUGAUUGAGAUUACUCUGAGUCAAAUGCGCUCCACCAAGUCAGAGCCACGCCCAAAAGCCUGCUACACCUGCGGAUCACUGGAGCAUCUUGCCCGCAGAUGCAAUGAAACGGCCACUCAAGCAAAGCAUAAGCCAUCCGAUCCCUCUACCGUCAACGGCGCCUCUGUCAUUCCCGUCAGAGCGGCAAACGAUGUUCCUCUUCGCCAACCGCUUGAUUCCGAAAAACCGAUCAGGUGCCGCAAGUGCCGCUCCAUUGGUCAUAUCGCUCGGCACUGCGAUGUUGUUCCCACUAUGGCAGCAAAUAAAGCAGGCGACGCUUCUGACGCGAACGGUGGCCCCAGGUUCACUGAACGCAGGCCCGUGAUCUGCUACAAUUGCGAGCAAGUCGGCCAUAUCGCCCGAAACUGCCACGGAGGUCGUCGGCAUGAGUCUUCAAAAGCGGUCCCAGCAGCUGCGAGCAAACCACCCACUGCCAAUGGCCACCUUCAUAAGACGCCGUUCCGAGGACGAAACCGCAACUUCCGCCGUGAGAAGUCGGAUAAGCCGUCGUUUGCUCCGGAUUACGUUGAAAUUGCUGGAAAUGGCGAGGGGAUCACUACCUGCGACUAUGAGGUCAGGCCGGGCCAAGUCACUCGGACGGGUCUGGUGGUAUGAGUUUUGGUCGGGUGGUUGGCGAAGGGCCCUAU